AAGCUUCUGAAGGUUGUGUUGAGAGCCUGCUGUCUCUGUAGUCUUGAGUUUCCACAGCCAGGUGCUACUCCAUCAGUGACCCUGGACAGUAGCAAAACCAAUAAAAGCCCGAACCCAAACCCCGCUACCAUCGUAGGUCUGUAAUUACUCUGGAAUCAAUAAGCCAUGGCAUCAAAGAAGUUUGCUAUUAAAUGUGGGGAUUUUGCUGUCCUGGUGGAUCUUCACAUAUUGCCGCAAGGUUCAAACAAAGAUACCAGCUGGUUUUCUGAACAGAAGAAAGAGGAAGUCUGUCUACUGUUAAAAGAAACCAUUGAUUCAAGAGUUAAGGAGUACUUGGAGGUUCGUAAACAGCACAGGCCGUCUAAUACAGAAUUCACAAGAUCCAGUCCCUUGUCCUUAAAAGGGUAUGGCUUUCAAAUCACAGCCUAUUUCCUCAAGAGAGGGAUACGCCUUCGCUGCUUCGGAGGCUCAGAGAAUGCUGAACUACGUGUAUUUCCUGACAGAUUUGUUGUCUGUGUAAGUCAGCUUGCAUACAAUUGUGAUCUUUUGGCAAAUCAGAAUGAAGAAUUGACGGAACGAGCUCUCCACGGAGCGUCUGAUUAUUUUGCUGAGUGUGUGGAGAGUCCACUUCCUCCCAGCGCAAAGCUCAAGAGAAACGCUCUGAAAGAAAUUGUGAAAAGAACUGAAACAAAAAGCAGCGUCAUGAGCAAAUCACGGAGCAGCAGGGACUUCGUGGGAACGUCUAGUGACUCAGUGAUUGCAGAGAUAGCAAGGAGGAGGGGUGACAGUCAGGCUUCUUCCAGUCCCCCGUCGGAGUCCACGGGACAAGAAAAGGAUUACAUAAAGGCAGCUGAGAGCCACUGGGGUCUUCCUAUUCAAAAGCUGGAAAGUGUUCAUCAGACCCAGCCAGAAGACACUAGCAGCCAGCAAAAACCUCAUCCUGGGGAGCGGUCGGAGACAGGCCUUCUAAGCAGGAACGCUGCCUGUAGCUGUGAGUCAGCAUCACCAGGUCCAAGACAGGGUCCACGAGGGGCCGGCACACAGCAGAAACGUAGGAACUGCAGCUCUCCGGAAGACUUCAACCACCACAAGAGAGUUGCUCUUGCAAGUGAUCCAUUAGUCUCAAGAGAAAUAAUAGUGGAGAGAGGCAAAGCUGUCAGGGUCUUGCCAACUUUAGAGCUGUCAGAUCCAGGGUUACUUCUGAAACAAGAUCUGGCAAAACCCACAUCUAACGAAGAGUUGCAUGUUUUGGAAAAUCUCUCCUCCAGACAUUUUAUGAAAAAUAAACCAGAGCAGGCACAGCAAACCGGCUCAGCCACAAGCACUGGAAGGUUACCUACAGUUCAGGGCAGCCCAACCAAGAAAACAAAGAAACGAAAGAGGCCACUAACUUACUAAAGAGGAUUGCAGAAUUGUAGUUGAGGAGAUAGUGGCCAAACUUGUGAAAAAUGAGCAGUGUGUAUAGAUGCUGUGAUUUUAAAGGAAUUAGGAUGAUCAUUUUAAAUAGAAAAUAUACAUCCACGUUAGGGUUAGCUUUCAAAGCAGUCACCUCCAGGAGCCAAAUGCUUGUCCUAACAACAUUGCUACUUUCUUGUCAUAUUUUAUAACUGUCUUCAGAAAAUUAUGUUAGUGAUAAACAGCCAUCCGCCUUGUCAGGGAUGACAGCAUUCCUG